GAAAAUGGUGCAACUCAAGGUCGUAGCCUUAACAUUGUUGGUGUUGUGGUCAUGGCGGAACUUUGAGGGUGCUGUAGGAGACCCUCAACUCUAUCUACUCACAUUGGAGUGCAGCGGAUUCAUGGCACCCAACUUGUCGAACUUCUACCAAAACCUAAACGCAAGUUUGGCAGACCUGAGAGCACAGGUGACCAGCCAAAGCAGGCACUUUGCCACGGCUCAAUCAACUAGCCGGACAGACCCUGUCUAUGCAAUGUUCCAAUGCAGGAACUACCUCUCCAUCACUGACUGCGCCACCUGCUUAGCCGCCGCCGCCACUGAAAUCCGGAACUGCUCCGUCGGAACCAACGGUGCCCAUGUAGUUUAUGAUGGCUGCUUCCUCAGGUACGAGAGCACUGACUCCUUCAACCAGAUCAGUUCUAGCAGCCACACACUUUGUGGAAAUCAGACUGCCGAUGAAAGCACUGGUUAUGGUGCAGUUGGACAGCAAGUGCUGAUGGAUCUACAAAUCGCAACACCCAAAAUUAGUGGCUAUUUUGCCGCUACCAAAACACAAGUGUCUGGAGGUGCAAUCUAUGCCGUUGCACAAUGUGCUGAGACUUUCACACAAGACAAUUGUUUGGAUUGUUUAUCAAAUGAACAAAGCAGCAUGCAAGGUUGUCUUCCCAAUACAAAUGGUAGGGCAUUUGAUCCUCCUGGCUGCUUUAUGAGAUACUCGGAGACACCCUUCUUUGCUGAUAACCAAACCAUUGAUAUCAGUCCCUUCUUAAAACAAGGAGGAGUAGGUUCAAACAAGAAGUGGGUCAUUAUUGGUUGUGGUUUUGGAGGUGCACUCCUUGUUGUGAUCCUUAUUUCAUUAUUUCCCUGGAAUAGAAGAUCCCAAAGUCCGAAGAGAACUCCUAGAAGAAGCAUAAUGGGAGCAACUGAUUUGAAUGGUCCAACCAAGUACAGAUAUAGUGACUUGAAAGCUGCAACAAAAAACUUUAAUGAGAAAAAUAAACUAGGAGAAGGAGGCUUUGGUGCCGUAUACAAGGGGACUAUGAAAAAUGGGAAAGUUGUUGCAGUAAAAAAAUUAAUUUCAGGAGAUUUCAACAAGGUAGAUGACGAAUUUGAAAGUGAAGUAACACUUAUAAGUAAUGUUCAUCAUAGAAAUCUGGUUCGACUUCUUGGUUGUUGCAGUGAAGGUCAAGAAAGAAUCCUUGUUUACCAAUACAUGGCAAACACCAGCCUAGACAAAUUCUUAUUUGGAAAAAGAAAAGGUUCCCUCAACUGGAAACAACGCUAUGAUAUAAUUUUGGGCACAGCACGGGGAUUGACUUAUCUACAUGAGGAAUUUCAUGUUUCUAUCAUACAUAGAGAUAUUAAGAGUGGCAAUAUCCUAUUGGAUGAACAACUUCAGCCCAAAAUUUCUGAUUUUGGGUUGGCGAAACUCCUACCAGAAGACCAAUCUCAUGUUCGCACAAGAGUUGCAGGAACAUUGGGAUACACAGCACCUGAGUAUGUACUCCAUGGUCAAUUAUCAGAAAAAGCUGAUACAUACAGCUAUGGAAUUGUAGCCUUAGAAAUCAUAAGUGGUCAAAAGAGUACUGAUGUAAAAGUUGUUGAUGACGAUGGUGAUGAAGAAUAUCUUCUUCGACGAGCAUGGAAGUUGUAUGAGAGAGGCAUGCUUUUGGAGUUAGUAGACAAAAGCUUAGACCCAAAUAACUAUGAUGCAGAAGAAGUGAAGAAAGUCAUAGCCAUUGCUUUGUUGUGCACUCAAGCAUCGGCUGCAAUGAGGCCAGCUAUGUCUGAAGUAGUAGUCUUACUCAACUGCAAUAACUUACUUGAGCAUAUGAGACCUUCAAUGCCUAUCUUUAUUGAGUCGAAUUUAAGGCCUCACAGAGAUAUAUUUGCGUCAACGGGUUCCUCAACAUCUAAUGCUACUACCUCCAAUUCUAUAUAGUACCUGCUAGAUGAUAGGUUAAGAAUUAUAUGAUGCAAACGAUAAUUCCUGUUCAGUUCAUUAUUGGAGAUUGGUACAAUUAUGUGUAAAUCUUAUUUUAAAUAGCAGAUUACACGUGCCUUUCCUUAAGAAUGCAAACAACGCCUUCCCAUUGUCA